CGCCUGCGCAUUAGGCGGCCGCUCUUUGCCGUUACCGCUAUGUGUGGGGCGUGUGUGGAAUAACGUUAGUGCCCAGCGGAGCUGAGGGGCCGGGAGCUCGAUCACAGCGGCCGGGACGACGACGACGACGACGACAGCGGCAACGACGACGACAGUGUGGGGGGAGGACGGCGUGCGAGAGACUCACGGGACGCGACGCGCCCCGCCUCCCCCGUCCGGUCCCUCUCUCCGCGGUGAGGGGAUGACGUAGCUUUGCUCAAGACUUAGAAGCUAAGCAGAAAAUGAGCUUAACAUCCUGGUUUUUGGUGAGCAGUGGAGGCACUCGCCAUAGGCUGCCCCGGGAAAUGAUUUUUGUUGGAAGAGAUGACUGUGAGCUCAUGUUGCAGUCUCGUAGUGUGGAUAAGCAACAUGCUGUAAUCAAUUAUGAUGCCUCUACGGAUGAACAUUUGGUCAAAGAUUUGGGCAGCCUAAAUGGGACUUUUGUGAAUGAUGUAAGGAUUCCAGAACAGACUUAUAUCACUUUGAAACUUGAAGAUAAGCUGAGAUUUGGAUAUGAUACAAAUCUUUUCACUGUAGUACGAGGAGAAAUGAGGGUCCCUGAAGAAGCUCUAAAGCAUGAGAAGUUUACCAUUCAGCUUCAGUUGUCCCAGAAGUCUUCAGAACCAGAAUUACCAAAAUCUGCAUGUGCCAAAAGCAUAGAUUCCAAGGUUGCAGAUACGGCAACAGAAGUACAGCACAAAGCUACAGAAGCACUAAAAUCUGAGGAAAAAGCCAUGGAUACUUCUGCUAUGCCCCGUGGUACGCCAUUGUAUGGACAGCCGUCGUGGUGGGGGGAUGGUGAACUGGAUGAACAAAGAGCUUUCAAGUCAAAUGGCAAAUCAGAAGAAAAAAGUCACGAAACUGGAACAUCAGGGUGCAGCUUAGAUGCCAAGCAAGUUGAGGAACAGUCUGCAGCUGCAAAUGAAGAAGUACUUUUUCCUUUCUGUAGGGAACCAAGUUAUUUUGAAAUCCCUACAAAAGAAUUUCAGCAACCAUCACAAAUAGCAGAAAGCACUAUUCAUGAAAUCCCAACAAAAGACACACCGAGUUCCCAUACAACAGGUGCAGGGCAUGCUUCUUUUACCAUUGAAUUUGAUGACAGUACCCCAGGGAAGGUAACUAUUAGAGACCAUGUGACAAAAUUUACUUCUGAGCAGCGCCACAAGUCAAAGAAGUCUUCUCCCGGAACUCAAGACCUGCCGGGGAUUCAAACUGGAAUGAUGGCACCAGAAAACAAAGUAGCUGACUGGCUAGCACAGAACAACCCUCCUCAGAUGGUCUGGGAAAGAACAGAAGAGGAUUCCAAAAGUAUUAAAAGUGAUGUUCCAGUUUACUUGAAAAGGUUGAAAGGAAAUAAACACGAUGAUGGUACACAGAGCGAUUCAGAAAAUGCUGGGGCUCCCAGGCGCUGUGGCAAACGGGCAACGCUGGAGGAACACUUAAGGCGCCACCACUCAGAACAGAAAAAGCUGCAGAAGGCCCAGGCUGCCGAAAAGCAUCAAGACCAAGCUGUUACUAGCUCUGCGCAUCACAGAGGGGGGCAUGGUGUUCCACAUGGGAAAUUGUUAAAACAGAAAUCAGAGGAGCCAGCGGUGUCAAUUCCCUUCCUACAAACUGCAUUGUUAAGAAGUUCAGGGAGUCUUGGGCACAGACCGAGCCAGGAGAUGGAUAAAAUGUUAACAAAUCAAGCUACUGCUGCUUCUGAAAAGGAUAAUGAUGAUGACCAAAGUGACAAGGGUACUUACACCAUUGAGGUAGAGAAUCCCGACAGUGAGGAGGUGGAAGCAAGAAAAAUGAUUGACAAGGUGUUUGGAGUAGAUGACAAUCAGGAGUAUAAUAGGCCUAUUAUCCAUGAAAAACAUAAAGAUCUGAUAAAAGAUUGGGCUGUCAGUUCUGCCGCAGUAGUAAUGGAAGAAAGAAAGCCACUAAGUACACCUGGGUUUCACAACUCAGAGGGAGGCACAUCUUCAUCUGGAAGCAAGCGUUGGGUUUCACAAUGGGCUAGUUUGGCUGCUAAUCAUACAAGGCAUGAUCAAGAAGAAAGGAUAAUGGAAUUGACUGUACCUGUUUCUUUAGAGAACGAUCCAGAUAUCAGUGAAUCUGGCAUUUCAGUGAGAAGCACUGGCUCAGCAACUUCAUUGGCUAGUCAGGGAGAGAGAAGGAGACGAACCCUUCCCCAGCUUCCAAAUGAGGAAAAGUCUCUUGAGAGCUCCAGAGCAAAGGUUAUGACACAGAGGUCAGAGAUAGGAGAAAAGCAAGACACCGAACUUCAGGAGAAAGAAGCGCCUACACAGGUAUACGAGAAGGAUAAACAAGACGCUGACAGAGCCCUGAAUAAAGUGCACAGGGCAGUAAAUGGGGAGACUCUUAAAACUGGUGGAGAUAACAAGAUGCUGCUGCACUUAGGCAGUUCUUCUGGAAAGGAGAAAAGUGAAACUGAUAAGGAAGCUUCUUUGGUAAAGCAAACAUUAGCUAAACUUCAGCAACAAGAACCAAAGGAUCAGGCACAGUGGACACCUACUAAAUUAUCUUCAAAAAAUUUUUCAGGUCAGAUAGAGAGGUGUAGGGAGGAGUCUGUUAAACUAGAGUCACAACCUCAAGAAAAAAUUCCAGGACAUUCUGCAAGCAAAGGAGAAAGGGCGGUACAAAAUGAGGGCAAGCGAAGAAAAGCUGAGGAUAUUCUGAAAAGUCACACUUCAAAGGGAGGAGACAAGAAGGAAUCGUCCAAGUCAUUAGUGCGACAAGGAAGCUUCACUAUAGAAAAACCUAGCCCCAACAUCCCCAUAGAACUUAUUCCCCAUAUAAAUAAACAGACUUCAUCCACUCCACCAUCUUUAGCUUUAACAUCUGCCAGUAGAAUACGAGAAAGAAGUGACUCUAUGGAUACCGAUUCCAGUAUGGACACAACCCUUAUUCUAAAAGACACAGAAGCAGUAAUGGCUUUUCUAGAAGCUAAACUGCGUGAAGAUAAUAAAACUGAUGAAGGCCCAGAUACUCCCAGUUAUAAUAGAGACAACUCUAUUUCACCAGAAUCUGAUGUGGACACAGCUAGUACAAUCAGUCUGGUUACUGGAGAGACUGAAAGGAAGUCAACCCAAAAGCGAAAGAGUUUCACUAGUCUCUAUAAAGACAGGUGUUCCACAGGUUCUCCUUCCAAAGAUGUUACAAAAUCAUCUUCUGGUGCUAGGGAGAAAAUUGAAAAGAAAACAAAAACUCGUUCCACCGAUGCAGGCUCAAGAGCAGAGGGGCGUAAAUUUGUACAGUCCAGUGGAAGAAUCAGACAGCCUUCGGUAGAUUUAACAGACGACGACCAAACCUCUAGUGUACCUCAUUCUGCUAUCUCGGAUAUUAUGUCAUCUGAUCAGGAAACUUACUCUUGUAAACCUCAUGGAAGGACUGCACUUACCUCAGCUGAUGAGCAUUCCAAACUGGAAGGAAGUAAAGUCACGAAAUCGAAGACUUCUCCCAUCGCGCCUGGUUCAUCCAGUAAAUCCACCACUCUUCCAAGGCCGCGACCUACCAGGACUUCCCUGUUGCGCCGAGCACGACUUGGGGAAGCUUCAGACAGUGAACUUGCUGAUGCUGACAAAGCAUCCGUUGCUUCUGAAGUGUCCACAACAAGUUCAACAUCAAAACCUCCCACAGGCAGGCGUAACAUCUCUAGGAUUGAUUUAUUGGCCCAGCCUCGCAGAACGAGGCUUGGCUCGUUGUCAGCCCGCAGUGACUCUGAAGCAACAAUCUCUAGAAGUAGUGCCUCUUCCCGGACCGCAGAAGCCAUCAUUAGAAGUGGAGCCCGAUUAGUACCUUCAGAUAAGUUUUCGCCCAGAAUCAGAGCUAACAGUAUCUCUCGACUCUCAGACUCCAAGGUCAAAAGUAUGACCUCAGCACAUGGCUCUCCUUCAGUAAAUUCAAGAUGGAGGCGCUUUCCUACUGAUUAUGCUUCCACCUCAGAAGAUGAAUUUGGAUCAAACCGUAAUUCCCCUAAACAUACCCGUCUACGUACUUCUCCAGCCCUGAAAACGACUCGAUUGCAGAGCUCUGGAUCAGCAAUGCCUACUAGUUCUUCAUUCAAGCACCGGAUCAAAGAACAGGAAGACUACAUCCGAGACUGGACUGCUCAUCGAGAAGAGAUAGCCAGGAUCAGCCAAGAUCUUGCUCUCAUUGCUCGGGAAAUCAACGAUGUAGCGGGAGAGAUAGAUUCAGUGACGUCCUCAGGCACUGCCCCUAGUACCACAGUAAGCACUGCCGCCACCACCCCUGGCUCUGCCAUAGACACUAGAGAAGAGGUAGGAGAUCUUCAUGGAGAAAUGCAUAAGUUGGUUGAUCGUGUUUUCGAUGAAAGCCUCAACUUCCGAAAGAUCCCUCCAUUAGUUCAUUCUAAAACACCAGAAGGAAACAACUGUCGGUCUAAUGAUUCCAGACCUCAACCGUCAGAGCCUCCAGAUCACUUAACAAUUACAAGGCGGAGAACCUGGAGCAGGGACGAAGUCAUGGGAGAUAAUCUGCUGCUCUCGUCCGUCUUUCAGUUCUCUAGGAAGAUAAGGCAGUCUAUAGAUAAAACAGCUGGGAAGAUCAGAAUUUUAUUUAAAGAUAAAGAUCGGAAUUGGGAUGAAAUAGAAAGCAAGUUAAGAGCUGAAAGUGAAGUUCCUAUUGUGAAAACCUCAAGCAUGGAGAUUUCUUCUAUCUUACAGGAGCUGAAAAGAGUUGAAAAGCAGCUACAAGCAAUCAAUGCUAUGAUUGAUCCAGAUGGAACAUUGGAGGCUCUGAACAACAUGGGAUUUCCCAGCGCCAUGCUGCCAUCUCCACCCAAACAGAAGUCCAGCCCUGUGAAUAACCACAGCAGCCCGGCCAUGCUGUGACCUACAAGCAAACUAAAUACCCAACAUUUCAGACCCCCAUGUCUCCUGUGCCAAGCUGCUCCCUGAAAUGGACUCUCUCUCCAUCUGUACAGAUUUCUUAAACACUUAUAUUUGCUUCUCAAUAAUAGGAUUUCUAUUAGGACUCAUUACCAUUGGAUACAAUGACAUAUAACUCUCUACACUCAAACUGACCUUUCAAAACAGCCUUGUGUUCUAAAAUUUUCCAACAUAUAUGUGAUUUAUAUAACUUUGUUGCUACGUAAAUUGUCUUGGGGGUUUUACUAAGAUGAACUAUUAUGUUUGCACUAAGAUUUGCUGGGAGUGGUAGGUGGACAUAGCUCUAUAUCAAUAAGGACUAACCAUCUUUUUUUGUACAUAGGAGAUUGAGAAUACUGUACUUGUUUUAACCCCACAGUGUUUUACUCCACUUUCGAAAAGAUGAAUUUGGCACUUUUUUCAAUUUUCUUUGUGUUUUUUUUUAUGGGAGUAAGAUUUUGUCUCUCAUUUUAGGGCAAAUGAUAACUAGAAAGAUUAAACUAGACAGAUAGUGUAAGUGGAGUAUAUUUUUAAAACUAAGAACAUGUAUAUUGUUUUCCUGUGUUCCCAAGUUUAUAUGUGACAGUUGGAAAAAAAAAAUCCCCUUGAAAUGAUCAUGAAGGUAAAUUUUUCUUCAUUCGGAGAUUUGUAGACCCAGUAGUCUAAGAUUAGUUGAUAGUUUCACUCCCAAGCAGUGAAUUGCUUCUGUGUGUUUGUUUCCCUGUAGGACCCAGUAGUCAAUCCCGUCUCAGUCUUUCUCAUUUGUAAGAACCCUGCAAGACGAUGACAAAGGCUUUAGGCCUGCGCCACUAAACAGGAAGCCUGUGAAAAAAUACCUUCUAUAAGCUUGCUUUUUCUCUUUCCAGUAAGGUCACAUUUGGAUAAGUUUAAAAAGAAAGUAAUUAUCUUUGUGUUUCCAGAACACUAUAAUUUGGGUGAAUCUUAAUUCAGUUCAAUAUUAUUAGAAGACUUGGAGUUUCUCCCUGACCCCAUCAGUCUAUAAAGGUUAAAACUGCAGUUUUGCAAAUUUAUGAAAUGGUCUUUAAUACUUCAGCAAUAAUCCUGUGCUGUAUUUGUUUUAAGAAACUAACUCUGUAUACUUCAAAAUGUUGCAGGGUUUUAAAAAGCCUGUGCUGUUGGGCCAGUUAAUAGACUCAAAAAACUCUUUUUGUAGAGAUGUAAAAACAAAAGUCUGUUAUAUAAUGGAUCUCAUAUUUUUCUUUAAAUUAAAAAAAAAAAGGUAAAUGAAUUAUUCUCCUUGUAAAGCUAAAUUCCCCAUUCUGUCUAAUAAAGGAAGACUGGAAAAAGUUUUUAAAGAACAUGAAUGGAAAGUUACAAAUGCUUUGAAGGAAUAAAUGAAACAUUAAAACAGGGUCAAUCCAUUUGAAGAAAAAGUCAAAAUAAUCACCAUUUUUCCCUCUUUUAUUUAAUGUUUGGGUACUGAUUACAUCCACAUGGAAGUAAAAGGUAAGGAGUUAUUUAGAAAAAUAUUAGCAUCUACUCUACUUACAUUAUUGUUUAAGUGUUUACACGGUUUUGUUUAAUUAUAAACAUUUGGCCUUUUACUAUGUUAUUUUUAUUUUUUAUGAAUACAUUAUUCUCCUUAUUUAUUUUUGUUACAUUUAUUACUUAUGUUAUUUUGUUAUGCAUUUACAACUCCAUUUUUAAAUAAAGUGUUUCUGGAACUGUAUACAGAGAUUGUACAUUUUUUUUCUUCUGCCAUCUAGAUUGGUAAUACUUCAUCGUGUUGCCAGUAACCAUUUACACACCAUUUUCCAAAGUCUAGCAAAAGAAAGACUCCUUCAAUUUUAAUUAAUAUGUGAGAAUAGCCAAGAGGGUAAGAGGAAAUGAAGGCUGCCUUGUUUUCUUUUGACAUUUCUAAGCAUAUACUCCCAGACCAGACCUCAGGCCGUGACAUCAGACCGUUUCGAGAGGCUGGUGAUCUCUGGGAACUCAUUUGUUUUUUAUGCUAUUUUUCGAGAGAUGGGGUUCGUGGAUGUGUCCGCUCUGCCUGCCAAGUGGAAAACUGGCUAGUGGCCUGAAUGGGAAAUACUUCUAACCAGGUUGUGCUAACCUGUUUGGAAGCAAAUACAAAUUUCAGAAAAAGAACCAGAAUCCAAAAAUACUGGAGCCCAUGGCUAGGAUGGGGGAAACUGACAUUAAUUAGUCUCAAGUAUCUACUUUUCUGGAGGAAAACAACAUUCUGACCCAUUAGACCUCAGAGUUUUCCAUAGUUUACUUCUUAAGAAAAGUAGCUCGAUAAAAGCUAGUAAGUGUAAGAGAAUAUGAGCCAUACAAUAGAAUAUUUUUAGCUACAAAAAAUGAAGUACUAAUACAUGCUACAAUAUGGAUGAAACUUGAAAACAUUAUGCUGAGUGAAAGCCAAUCACAAAAGGCCAUGUAUUAUGAGUGCAUUUAUGUGAAAUGUCCAGAGUAGACAAACAUGUAGAGACAAACAGACUACUGGUUGCCCAUGGCUAGGGCGGGGGGAUGGCAAGAUCGUGGGGUUACAAUGAAAGGGUACAGGGUUUCGCUGGGAGUGAUGAAAACACUUAAAAUUGUGAUGGUCACACAACUGUAAAUAUACUAAAAACCAUUAAAUUGUGUACUUUAACUGAUUGAAUUAUAACCAAUAUCACCUAUACCUAUAUAAAAUAAGUAUGUAAAUUUCUCAAUAAAGCUGUUACAGAAGGGGAGGAGGAGGAGGAGAAAUGCAAUGUCAGGUGAAGAUGCAACCUGACUACUGUGCCCUGGGAGCGGCCGUUUG